CAAGGCUGCAGGCUCACUUCAGCCACUCCACAGAGAGACAGACACAGAGCUCCACGCAGAGCUUUAAAGGGAGACGAGCAAAGGCACAGAAAAGUGGCAAGUCACAAGAAAAUAAUAGAGGCAGGAGAGAAUGCCAAGCGCUGCCAUAUGAUGAGACAUUUUAAGCAGAAGACACUAAGACUAGACUAGACCAAGACACUAACCCUAACGUAGAGGGAGAAAGAGCACAAGUCGGACUAUUUGGCUUGAAACGUCAUCAGUUUACCUCUGCUCUUUACCUACUGGAAUUGGACAAUGACAGAGGAAGCUGAAGUGGGAGGUGACCUCUCUCCAACCUCUGGGUCUGAGCAACAGGCGCCACAUUUUCUGCAAGAUGUCAUCUUCCACGGCAAGUUUAAGCUGCUGAAGGCUCUAACCCCAGAGGAAAACUCCCUCUGCCAGCACGGCCUCUACUUCCAGGACGGUCAGCGGCGCGUCGACUACGUCCUCACCUACUCUGUGAAGAAGCCUUACACAGGGCGUUCUAGCCGACAGUCAACGCACCUGCUCACAGAGAAUGCUGUCGCCCGCAGCCUACGCCGCGGCCCCCAGAGCCGCAACCAACACCUCCGACAUCACCCGGCACAAAAGGCAAGAGACUCAUCGUCCCUGCUGUCAUCACCAGCGGCCGAUGUGGAGCUGGGCUGCCCGGGAGAGACCUUGGGCGGCCAGGAGGAUCACAAGGCGUUCAGGAGGGAAGAGUUCGAGGGGAAACUGAGAGACAUGGGGCUGGAGCUGGAGAAAGAUGAGGAUACCAAGAUUACAGGGGUAGGCUUUGUGAAGAUUCAUGCUCCCUGGAACGUUCUCUGUCGAGAGGCUGAGUUAAUGAAACUAAAGAUGCCCACCAAGAAGAUGUAUGAAGUCAAGCAGUCAAGCGGUGUUUUGGAAAAGAUCAGCUCUCUGGUCAGUAAAGUUCUGGAACCCCUCCACCCUCAUGUUGAGGAACAUCAAACCAAGAACAUCAAACACCUUUCACACACCUUUUCCAGGGAAAAACAACACCUGUUUUUGAAAUACUAAAGAGGACAAAAUGCAAGGCCAAGUACAGCAUGGGUAUCACCAGUCUCCUGGGUAGUGGAGUCUAUACAGCAGCUUACCCUCUUCAUGAUGGAGAUAUUAAUGAGGAGAGUGCAGAACCCAAUGACAGAAAGCUUUUGUAUGAGGAGUGGGCAAACUACAGUGUCUUUUACAAGUACCAGCCCAUCGGACUUGUGCGGAAGUACUUUGGGGAGAAGAUUGGUCUGUACUUUGCCUGGUUGGGUCUGUAUACACAGAUGUUGAUUCCUGCCUCACUAGUGGGGGUCAUUGUCUUUCUGUAUGGAUGUGCAACAGUCGAUGACAACAUACCAAGCAUGGAGAUCUGCCACCCAAAGAACAACAUCACCAUGUGUCCUCUGUGUGACAGAGUGUGCAGCUACUGGAAACUCAGUACUGCCUGUGGAACCGCCCGGGCCAGUCACCUCUUCGACAACCCUGCCACUGUCUUCUUUUCCAUAUUCAUGGCUCUGUGGGCUGCCAUGUUCAUGGAGCACUGGAAGAGGAGGCAGAUGAGACUGAACUAUGAAUGGGAUCUGACUGGGUUUGAAGAUGAGGAGGAAGCUCUCAAGGACCACCCCAGGGCCGAAUAUGAAUUCAGGGUCAUGCAGAAGUCUCUGAGCAAAGAUCAUAAAUCAAAGAUGGAAAAGCUCACAUGUCGAGACCGCCUCCCUGCCUACAUGACUAACAUUGUCAUGAUGCUGUUAAUGAUUGGUGUUACGUUCGCCAUUGUGUUUGGCGUGAUCCUCUACCGGAUCUCCACCAAAGCCGCCCUUCAUAUGAGCUCCAAUCCGAUCACACGGAACCAUGUACAACUGACGGUUAAAACUACCGCGGCCAUUAUCAACCUGGUGGUCAUCCUCAUACUGGAUGAGGUGUAUGGAGCUGUGGCACGAUGGCUCACUGUGCUGGAGGUUCCUAAAACAGACAAGAGUUUUGAGGAACGUCUUAUCUUCAAGACCUUCAUUCUCAAGUUUGUCAAUGCUUUCAGCCCCAUCAUCUACAUUGCUUUCUUCAGGGGAAGACUGGUAGGCAGGCCAGGCAGCUACCUGUAUGUGUUUGAAUCCUACAGAAUGGAAGAGGUAAGUUUACACUUUUACAAAUGAUCUGCAAGCAGAAUAUUCGGUAACCACACACUGGCAUUAAAGCUGAGUUGCUUUUUACAUGCUCACAACAAAAAUAAACACCCUCGUAACCCACUUUACAACAUUUUGAGUGAACAUUUACAUUGUUCACUCAAAAAAAUAUACUUAAAACCAAAGCCUUUUUGUAUUUUAUAGUGUUUAUAUUAUCAUAUAGAUGAAAAUGUUUCAUAAAACAUACAUUUAUUGCUGCUAAAAUGAACAGAUAAGUUCUUUCUGCUGACAGUUGCAGACUAAUACCCAGCCAGCAUUUCUUUCUAUGUGUGGUAUGUGAUUGUUCGUGUGUUUCAUAAUGUCAAUUGUCCAUGUGGGCUUUAUGCAGGAUUACAUUGGGUGUUAGGUGGGGGCAUUCAGCAACCCAGAAGGGCUCCAUUUCUUUUCUGUUGCCCACUCUUAGCUCAUGCUCUCAUUUCCCAUUAGUGACCCAAUUAGUUCUAUUCAAUUCAAUUUAGUUUUAUUUGUAUGUGC